UUCACCAUGUGCUACGAAAGAGUGUCGAGCAGGUCAGAAGCUUGAUUACCGUACGCAAGAGUGUGUGGACUGUCCAGAAAAACAGUACAACUCUAAAAGUGGAAAAAAUCUUCAUUGUGAAAACUGCAGGAAAUGUGGAAAAGGUAGUAUGGUAGUCGAUAAAUGCACAUCUACAACAAACACUCGCUGCAAUUGUAUGAGCGGUUUUACACCCAUUGAUCAGCAGAAUGAGAUUUGCGUAUGUAAAAAAGGUUCUGGACUGGAUAGAACAGGACAGACUUGCAUAAAAUGUAAGAAUGGAUACUUCUCAGACAAAGAAGACUCAACUUGUCAAAAAUUGAGAGAAUGUAAAAGUGGGAUUAAGUUAGCAGGCAACAGUACUUCUGAUGCCGUUUGCGAAAAUGGAUCAGAAACGGUGACCGAAGCUUCCAAAAUACUUAUUACCACACUGAAGACAACUACCAUCUGUUCUACUGCCACUUCAAGACCUACGCCCUCCUGUUUCAUAGCCUCUUCAAUAACUACGGCCUCCUCUUCCAACAAAGAUGGCAGCUUCUACAGCUUUUGGCUGGUCAUGCUAUGCGCUGGUAUUCUUCUUCUGUCUGGACUCCUGUACCACAACUGUAAAGUCACCCACUGCAUUCAUAGCCACAAGAAAGUGGAUUCUCGAAAAGAGAGCAUAUGCAGAAAGCCUGUUGAAGAAUCUGGAGAAAAGUGCCUGUCCUUACUUGUCUAACGCAGUUUUCAGUUGCCUCAAUGUUUGUUUUUGUGGAAUUUUUUUUUUUUUUUUUUAAUAAUUUUUUAGUUCUAUAACUAGUUAGAUUGCUGUUAACUUAAGGUAAUACUUUAUUUUAGUGUCCCUUUCACACAUCUUACAUGUUCUUACUAUAGUAAUAACAGCAAAUUAUGCAUAAUUACAAGCAUCUAACCCUAAACCAAACCCUAAUUACAUAGUAAGUACAUGUUGUUAAUUGGUAUUACUCAGUAUAGUUACACUGUAACAAGGACACCUUAAAAUAAAGUGUACAUAAUAACACCACUUAAAAACAACAAAAAAAAAUCAGUGCUUAGCUGCAACGGUCUUACAUUUUAGAAGAAAUUUUUUUUUAUAAUUAAUAUUAUUGUUUCUAUUUUUAAUGGCUUUGGUAGAUGUUGUGAGAAUGAUGUAGAUAGUCAAUCAGAAAGCUAGCUUACUUGAGGGGUUGUUUAGGACUUUUUACACCUGUUUCGGGCAACUGGUUUGAAAUGGGACAAUGUUAAAUACAGAUGUAUUUGAGGUCCAAAACAAAAUUGAGAUUCACCCACAUGUGAAAGUGAUCAAAGUCACUUUCGAUCACAUUGCACUUGUAGUGUAGAUGCUCAUCCAUUUGAAUUCAGAUGGCUAAUUUAAUUUAAGCCAUGAAUUGAUUUCAAUUCAUUACUUAGAGAGCUUCUUUGAAAUCUGCUGAUUGGUUAAAUUUCACAGCGCCUAAACUUGCACUGCAGUCGAUGUAGGUAGAUCAUUGAAUGCCGUAACAUUACAGUCAUUUCCAUGUCAACACCAUUGUUUACCACAGACAUAUCCUGUAGUGACUCAUGCAUUCCUGAGAGAAAUAUGACAAAUUAGCUCAGUUUCCCAUAUUUAAGUGGGCUAAGGACAACUUCUGAGAAUCUUUCCUUUAUUUAUUCAAUUGUUUGUUUGUCUGUAGCCUUAUUAUAAAGGUCUAAUGUUGUUUCUAUGAAAUGAAAAUAAAUGGGCUGCAUAAACACCUGACAUUUAUGUAGGCAGUAAUAUUUUUAUUGUAUUAUAUUUGAUUUUGUUUUUCUGCAUUUCUUGCUUCAUACUGUGAGUUGUUGUCAUUCAGUGCAAUGUGUCCCAUUAUAUGUCUAAUGUACAAUUUAAAUAAAGGACUAACUCUAAAAGAUUGUUAA